AUGGAGAUGGAGAGCACGGCGGCCUCCACACGUUUCCACCAGCCUCACAUGGAGAGGAAGAUGAGUGCGAUGACCUGUGAGAUCUUCAACGAGCUUAGGCUAGAGGGCAAGCUCUGCGACGUGGUCAUCAAGGUCAAUGGCUUUGAGUUCAAUGCCCACAAGAACAUCCUCUGUAGCUGCAGUUCCUACUUUAGAGCUUUGUUUACAAGUGGCUGGAACAACACUGAAAAGAAGGUAUACAACAUUCCUGGCAUUUCCCCUGACAUGAUGAAGCUGAUUAUUGAAUAUGCAUACACCCGGACCGUCCCGAUCACACCGGACAACGUGGAGAAGCUGCUGGCAGCCGCAGACCAAUUUAACAUCAUGGGUAUCGUCAGGGGUUGCUGUGAGUUCCUCAAGUCGGAGCUGUGUUUGGAUAACUGUAUUGGCAUCUGCAAAUUCACGGACUACUACUACUGUCCCGAGCUGAGGCAGAAGGCCUAUAUGUUCAUACUGCACAACUUUGAGGAGAUGGUGAAGGUCUCGGCUGAGUUUUUAGAGCUCUCAGUCACUGAGCUGAAAGAUAUCAUUGAGAAAGAUGAGCUCAACGUCAAACAAGAAGACGCUGUAUUUGAGGCCAUUUUAAAAUGGAUUUCUCAUGACUCCCAAAAUAGGAAGCAGCAUAUUUCAGUUUUGCUUCCCAAGGUUCGCUUAGCCCUAAUGCAUGCUGAGUACUUCAUGAACAAUGUGAAGAUGAAUGACUAUGUCAAAGAUAGUGAGGAAUGCAAGCCAGUAAUCAUCAAUGCCCUAAAGGCCAUGUAUGACCUAAACAUGAAUGGACCCUCUAAUUCUGACUUUACCAACCCACUCACCAGGCCCCGCCUGCCCUAUGCCAUUCUAUUUGCAAUUGGUGGCUGGAGUGGUGGGAGCCCCACUAAUGCCAUUGAGGCAUAUGAUGCUCGGGCAGACAGAUGGGUGAAUGUCACUUGUGAGGAAGAGAGUCCCCGUGCCUACCACGGGGCAGCCUAUUUGAAAGGCUACGUUUAUAUCAUUGGGGGGUUCGAUAGUGUAGACUAUUUCAAUAGCGUUAAGCGUUUUGACCCAGUCAAGAAAACGUGGCAUCAGGUGGCCCCGAUGCACUCCCGACGUUGCUAUGUCAGCGUGACAGUCCUCAGCAAUUUCAUUUAUGCCAUGGGAGGAUUUGACGGCUAUGUGCGUCUCAACACUGCUGAACGUUACGAGCCAGAGACCAACCAGUGGACGCUCAUUGCCCCUAUGCACGAGCAGAGGAGCGACGCAAGUGCCACAACACUCUACGGGAAGGUCUACAUAUGUGGUGGUUUUAACGGAAAUGAGUGUCUGUUUACAGCAGAAGUGUACAACACUGAGAGUAAUCAGUGGACAGUCAUAGCACCCAUGAGAAGCAGGAGGAGUGGAAUAGGUGUAAUUGCUUAUGGAGAACAUGUAUAUGCGGUAGGUGGCUUUGAUGGAGCAAAUCGACUUAGGAGUGCAGAAGCCUACAGCCCAGUGGCUAAUACUUGGCGUACAAUCCCCACUAUGUUUAAUCCUCGUAGCAAUUUUGGCAUCGAGGUGGUAGACGACCUCUUGUUUGUGGUGGGCGGCUUUAAUGGCUUCACUACCACCUUUAACGUGGAGUGCUAUGACGAAAAGACGGACGAGUGGUAUGACGCCCAUGACAUGAGCAUCUACCGCAGUGCUCUGAGCUGCUGUGUGGUGCCAGGGCUGGCCAACGUCGGGGAAUAUGCAGCUAGACGGGACAACUUCACAGGAUUAGCACUGCGAGAUGAAGUAAAGUACUCCGCUUCGACAAGUACCCUACCUGUAUGAGCCUCUUCAUUUAGCUAAUAAAGAGUCUAAGCAAUAAGAAUUACUUCUUUUUUUAAAUAAAUACAGUGUUUAAACUUGUAAGAGUACUGGAAAAUGUUCAACUUAAGGGAGCCAAGGGUUGAAGGAGGGAGUAAGAGGAAAGGUAGAAAGCAUUUAUAUCCAACAGUGCAUCAUGAAAAAGGAAAAAAAACAGUGCAAACCAGCUCUAAAGAAAUACGUUUAUUUGUAACUUACAUUGAGACAAUAGCGUCAACACAGAACGAGAUACCUUCAGGAACAUAAAACAAGCUAUUUUACAAUGUAAUGUCUCAAAGCAUCCUAAAUUCUACAUCUCCUCUGACUUUAAGGGAGAGAGCCAAGAUUAAAUUUUCAGUAGAGUAGGGGCUUGGAUACUGAUAGCCCAAAAAACUCACUGUGUGUCAACUUGACCUAAAUAUGUAUUUUACAAAUAACUCAAUGAGCCCUAGGCACAUGGAUCAUCAUCUUCAAACAUCUAGCAAGUUUAAUUUUUCACAAAUGCAUUAUGCAGGAGGAUUAAGUUAACAAGUGCUCUACUGUAUGUGCUUCAAUGUCAGACAUCCGUAGUGAUGCUCGGAGAGUAAGACAAAAGCCCUACCAAGGUAAUCAACAAAGCAGUUAUUUGGCUACCUAAUUAAGUUCCUUGAAGCAAGAUGACUACUAUAUUAUGUUAUUGUUACUGUAUUACUCAACUAGGAGCUGUUUUGUUUCCAAUGACAAGAACACGUUAUAAUGUAGGCAUUAUAACAACAAAAACGGACAUUCUCAAGAAAGUGACAAACUGGAGUGAUGGACCGUGCCAAAAUGUCUGACAAUUAAAGGAGAGACUGAACUGUUUGUUUCUCAAGUAUUCUACAGUUAAAUGGCAACCAGUAAGUACCCUAUUUUUCUAGUGGAGGCAGAGAACUUGCUUCACAAUUCUGUGGACUUUCAAAAGACAGGAAGUGUGGCCAAUAUACCCUUUUUAUUUAAGCUUAAUUUGAGGAAAGUACAAAAAAAGUCCCUUUAGUUAUGCUUGAUUAGGCCAAGUAACUAAAAUAUACAAUUUAGCUUACUUGUCUACCUACAGAAUAGUGUCUUAUUAGAACUAUAAAGCAGAGAAUGAAGUAAACAUACCACAUGCUACACUAGUCCAGAAACAAGAAAAAAGUGUGCCCUAGAAAAUGUCUUACCAGCAGCCUGAAGAGUUUAAAAAAAGCACACAAAUCUUUGACAAACACUAUCUUUCCAUCUUCAAACCUCUGUUCUGUAUUUUUUUAAAAAGUCAGUAUUUUAAAAGUUUUUGGUCCCAACAAUACUAUAUAAAACUAAGUGAUCAAAACAAAACUGAUGUCAAUGAAUUUUGAGGUUUUUUUUUUUUUUUUUUGCAAAAUAUUUCUGAAUCGGCACAACAAAAGCAAAGUUGGAUAUCAAGAUAUACAAGACUAAUCAUGCAAACAACUGCAAGUGAGAUGUAUUACUUAAACACUAAGCUCAUGACUGACAUUCUCAAUGUAUAUCACAGAUUUCUUUUUUUUUUUUGUAUACCAUGGUGUGGUAGGUAUAAUUAAAGGAUAUCCAUUCUAAGAUAUAAGUAGCACUCAAAAUUAUGUAUAGGUAUUAUUUUUUGGUAUAAUCAAUUCUUGUCUUUUCCUUUCACAAAACAUAAACAAAAGCAACAGUAACAACAACAGGUUUGCUUGAAAACAUGCUGUCUUUUUUAAAGCUAUAUUUUUAACUGCUUAAAUUACCAAACACACUCUAAGUUUUCAUCAAAAAGGAAAUUUCCUUCCCAAAAAGCCAUUAGGCUGGUUAUAGUCAGAACCUUUCCAAAUACUCUGAAAGUUAUUUCCAGUUUAGAUUUCAGAAUGUCAGCCUUGAACAGAUUUAAGCAAAUCUGGUUUCCUUCCUUAUUAACAAGUUAGUUAGGAUAUUUCAGAAACACAAGUUAUUGAUGUGAAGUCACACGUGAAUUCAAAUAUGAAAAUUAGAAAUUGAGUUGUCAGGAAAACCUGCACACAUCAUCAUGCAAGGAAGGACUUACCACUUCUUUUCAGCCAUGGCCUAGGCUGCCUGCUGAGUUAAAAAACAACAGUUUCAAUCAAGUUUUCAAAACCAGAUUAUACCUAAAUCUUAAGAGGAGUUAGAAUGUGUCACAUCACGUGAAAAAAGACCACCCCCCAAAUAACUUGGUAAUGAUGGUCUCAGAAGACAACUCCGAGAUAAGAUCCAAAAAUCUUACAUCACACCUUCUGGAGAGAAACUGCCAUUGUAGUGCACUACUGAAUUAUUUCACCAUCACCAAGAAAAGGAAGUCUGAUAGCUAGCGGCAUCUAUCAGAGAGGAGAAUAUUACUCAAUGAGCUUUUCUGUCUCACUUGCAUAGACCUCUCUCAACUCAGAAUUAGCACUUCUCAGAAAUGGCUUUUAUCAAAAUAACUACAAAUGGAAAUUGAUAAAAUGGAGGAGGUGGCAUAGGAUAAUAUAUCCUCCUACAGAAACAGGACUUGAAGUUUACUACCUCCACUCCAAUCUAAAAGAAAUGGUUUUAGGGAUCCCUGGGUGGCGCAGUGGUUUGGCGCCUGCCUUUGGCCCAGGGCGCGAUCCUGGAGAUCCGGGAACGAAUCCCACAUCGGGCUCCCGGUGCAUGGAGCCUGCUUCUCCCUCUGCCUGUGUCUCUGCGCCUCUCUCUCUCUCUCUCUCUCUGUGACUAUCAUAAAUAAAUAAAAAAUUAAAAAAAUAAAUAAAAGAAAUGGUUUUAAAGCAGAUUUCCAACACAUUUAUUGAAAAACUGUCCUAGGCAGGGAUGCUAAUUUAGAAAUUUCAGGGAAGUUCUUAGUAUACAGUCCAAGAGCUAAAUACUAAUAGUCUUGCAGCAAAUUGAGAGCCAAUAUUUCUGGCUGUACUUUUUUUUUCUUUUGAUGUUUGAUAUAAUAAGGAGGCUAAUAUAAUGGACUAGGGAAACAAUAAUCACUGCACUUCGAAUUCAACUUCCAGAACUGCAUUCUGGAAUGUCUAAGGAGAUUGGUAUUCCAAAACAAACAUAUAAUGGAUCCCUUUUGCAAACCAUUAGAACAGAAGUCCUUUAGGCUAAAGCUUGGGAGUGUGUUAGAGAAUCAGAAGAAUGCAUAAAAAUAAAAGAUAACUAAAGCAAUACAUUUUUAAGAGACAUAAUUGUGUACCUAGGGGGAUCCCUGGGUGGCGCAGCGGUUUGGCGCCUGCCUUUGGCCCAGGGCGUGAUCCUGGAGACUCGGGAUCAAAUCCCACGUCGGGCUCCCGGUGCAUGGAGCCUGCUUGUGUCUCUGCCUGUCUCUCUCUCUGUAUGUCUAUCAUAAAAAUUAAAAAAAAAAAAAAAAAAAGUUCUGAGAAAGAAUCAGAACUUUAAAAAAAAAAAAUGGUGUACCUAAAUUUGGUAUUCUAGGUUCAAAGUUCCAAUAAAAGUCUAGGGCAGGGGAUCCCUGAGUGGCGCAGCGGUUUGGCGCCUGCCUUUGGCCCAGGGCGCGAUCCUGGAGACCCGGGAUCGAAUCCCACGUCAGGCUCCCGGUGCAUGGAGCCUGCUUCUCCCUCUGCCUA